AGUCUGUCUUCUCUGCCCUUCAGACUUGGCUCCCUAACCCAACACAUGCCCUUAGGGCCCCCUAAUGAACGCCUCAAGAGCCCAGACCUGUGGAGGUAGACUCUCCGUCCACCCGCCUCUCGUGGCUGCAACAAUGCAGCCGAAGCACUAAGAGGAAGCCUGGGUUUGAAUCUGCUGGCCCAAGCCUGUGGGGCACCUUACUGGGUUUGCCAUGGAAGGGCAGACCAGAGGGAACAGAGGCCUGGAGAAGCCUCUCCCUGCUACCACCCAUCCCUCUCUGUCCUCACUGGGCGCCGUGUUCAUCCUCCUGAAGUCUGCUCUGGGUGCUGGCCUGCUCAACUUCCCCUGGGCCUUCUACAAGGCAGGAGGCAUGGUGCCCACCUUCCUGGUGGCCCUGGUAUCUUUGAUCUUCCUGAUCAGUGGCCUGGUCAUCCUGGGCUAUGCAGCAUCUGUCAGUGGCCAAACCACCUACCAGGGUGUGGUCCGUGAGCUAUGUGGCCCCACCAUGGGGAAGCUGUGUGAGGCCUGUUUCCUGACCAACCUGCUCAUGAUCUCCGUGGCCUUCCUCAGAGUGAUCGGGGACCAGCUGGAGAAGUUGUGUGACUCCCUCCUGCCUGAGGCCCCACAGCCCUGGUAUGCAGCCCAGAACUUCACCCUGCCCCUGAUCUCCGUGCUGGUCAUCUUUCCCCUGUCAGCGCUUCGGGAAAUUGCCCUGCAGAAGUACACCAGCAUUCUAGGUACCCUGGCUGCCUGCUACCUUGCUCUGGUCAUCACAGUGCAGUACUACCUAUGGCCCCAGGGCCUCCUACGCCAGCCUGGUCCUUUGCUGAGCCCGUCUCCCUGGACCUCUGUGUUCAGUGUCUUCCCUGCCAUCUGCUUUGGAUUCCAGUGUCACGAGGCCGCUGUCUCUAUCUACUGCAGCAUGCAGAACCAGAGCCUCUCCCACUGGGCCCUGGUCUCUGUGUUGUCCUUGCUGGCCUGCUGCCUUGUCUACACGCUGACAGGGGUUUAUGGCUUCCUGACCUUCGGGACUGAAGUUUCUGCGGAUAUCUUAAUGUCGUACCCAGGCAAUGACACAGCCAUCAUUGUAGCACGCAUUCUCUUUGCGGUCUCCAUUGUGACUGUCUACCCCAUCGUGCUGUUCCUGGGGAGGUCUGUGAUGCAGGACUUUUGGAAAAAGAGCUACUGGGCCACACGGGGCCCCCCAGUGCUGGCUGACCCCUCAGGGCCAUGGGUUCGUCUCCCAUUGACCUUCCUGUGGGUGGCAGUGACACUCGCCAUGGCUCUGUUCCUACCAGACCUCAGUGAGAUCAUUAGCAUUAUCGGUGGCAUCAGCUCCUUCUUCAUCUUCAUCUUCCCAGGUUUGUGUCUCAUCUGUGCUGUGGACACGGAGCCCAUAGGACCAAGAGUCAAGUGCUGCCUGGAGGCCUGGGGCAUCCUCUCCGUGCUGGUGGGCACCUUCAUCUUUGGGCAGAGCACAGCUGUGGCCAUGGUGGAGCUGCUCUGAUGUGGGCUGACACAGUCACUCCUGAAUCUGGCCUGAAGACCCCUGUAGGUGUUCUUGUUGUCACAAAGUGCUGCCCCGUCUAUUGAACUGCUCCUCCUACGACUUACAGGAGGAUCCUGGUGAGGAAGGACUGCUGUGACAAGUUACUGCCAUGUGGUGACUCAGGACAAUAGAAGCCCGUGCAACUGAAAGCUGGACCAUGAGCUAGAGAGUGGUGGGCCAUGCUGCUUCAGAAGGUUCUGGAAUGCUCCUCUCAUUGUCCUCCUCUGGUGGGGUUUCAGGAGCUCCUUAGUGUCCCUGGCUUGUAGAUGUAUCACUGUAGUCCCAGGGUCAAUACCUGCCCUGUGUGUCCUUUCCCAAACAGGAUGUCCAGCUCCCUAGUCUAGGCCCAUCUCAAUUUAGUGAGCGCUUGUCUGCACUGACACAUGUCUUAGUUACUGUUCUGUUGCUGUGAAGAGACACAUACAUGGUCAAGGCAGUGCCUAGAAGAGUUUGUUGGGGGCUUACACUUUCAGAGGGUUAGAGUCUACCGUCAUGGCAGGGAGCACAGCGGAAGGGAGCAGGGCAGCAGGCAGGCAUGGUGCUGUAGCAUUUACAUCCUCAUCUGCAAGCACAAGGCAGAGAGCACACAGUGGAACGGUGUGGACUUUUGAAACCUCAAAGCCCACCCCCAGUAACACACCUCCUCCAGCAAGCCCACACCUCCUAAUCCUUCCUGAACAGUUGAGACCAAUCAUUCAAACAUCUGAGCCUGUGGGGGCCGUUUUCAUUCAAAACACCAUAUUCCACUCCCUGGCCCCCAUAGGCUUGCAGCUAUGUCGUAAAGCAAAAUGCAUUCAGCCCAACUUCAAAAGCCCCCGUUGUUGGGGUCUGACUUAAGGGUAUGCAAGGACAGAAUGCAUUUGAGACACAAGCUUAAAAUCUAAUGUUGCUAUUUCUCUCAGGAAGUAAAUUUGGACCGCCCACAAAUGUGGGAGGGAGCACAGGACCGCUUGUGACCUUCCUCAGUUUCUAGAAAAUAAUCAACGAUGUUCUUAUACCUCAGACAUUUUUCUGAAGACAAAUAAUAUUGCCGUGCUUUAUAUGAACCUGAACAUGCAGAGCUGUGAAGCAGGCAUCUCUGCAACUGCCAACUCCUCACUCUUUUAUCAAAGGAACUAUGAUAAUCAACCGAGCCUUGUGCAAAUCGCGCUGGGCUGCCUUGAAUCCCCUGGUUUCCUUGCAUCUGUCUGUCUGUCUGUCCAGACAGCUUCACCCACCCAUAUUCUUUCAUAGUCUCAACAGUUUAAAAUUCAGUUUCUAAUGAGACUCAAGACUGUCUCUUACAUAUGUACUUGAAUGUACGAUGGCACGGAAUACGCUGGACCAAAGCAAGACUGAAACCCACCAGGGCAAACUCCAAAUCUGUAACUCUGUGUCGUGUCUGAUGUCACAAGGCUUAGGUGUCUCAAUCCUUCUGGCUUAGCCAACUGCCACGCAGUUCUCUCUCUCAGGCUGGUUCCACUCCCUGCAUGCAGCUCUCCCUGCAUGCAGCUCUCCCUGGUAGACACCUAUGGCCCUGGUCCUGCCAGCAUUAUGGGGUCUCCAAUGCAAUCCGGGCUUCACCUUCACAGCCUCAUGCAACAGCCUCUCCAGCUUCCAUGCAGAAACUCCAGUGCCUGUCACACACACCUGGCCUCCGUGUCCUUUCCCCAGGAGAAGAGUCCACAACCCGUUUACUUGCUCCUGUAUCCUUAGUGAUUCUAAAGCCAGAACCACACAGAUGCUGCUGCCAAGUUCUGCUGCCUGCUAGGGAUGGAGCCUGGCCCCCCUCUGUGAAUUUAAGCUUUGAUUUGUUGUUGCUCUGAAGGAGCAGAAGACCCCUCAGGCCUUUUACUUUUAUAAACUGCGGAUUGCCUGGGUGGGGCCCCACCCUAAGGGUGCACUGUCUGCCCUUUUCUCUUUCAGCACAAAUCACGACUCUAAGGUGGGAUUUCCUGGUGUUCUUUUCUCCUCAGACUUUGUAUUUCUUUUUGUCCAGUUUGUUCUUGUUCAUUGUAGACCUGCCUGUCAGUGAUCACUAACAACCAUGGGACAGACUCAA